CAGGCUCCUAACUUGAAAGACUGUGGUGCUAUAUGUGACUGGAUUGAGCCAAUUAUACCAAACCACUUCUGGUUCUGUUGCCAACAAGCCAAUGGUGAUAUGCUUGCACUAAAGGUAUUGAUUGUUACUUACUCUCAAUCUUGUCUAUUGUUACAGCGGCGGAUCCAGGGGAGGGGCCCAGAUGACCCCCCCCCUUAUCUGAAGGGCUGGAACCGCCAAUGUGUUAUACACUUAGAACAAAGAUAACAGACUAUGAAUACAUUGGCAGGUUAUCCUAGUGGCAAUGUCAUAUAACUUAACUAAAGUAGCUUACCUUUAUUUUUACUGCUACAAAAUCUUUGCCAUCAAAACCUCUUGCAGGAAAUUGAUUUCCAUCCAUCAGAAGAUAUAAGUAGUUCUCCUGUUGGAAGUAUUCAAACUAUUUUGAUUUGUAUGGCAAACUCACAAAUGGCUUUGCCUCAAAUUGAUCAGGGAAAAUUCAACACUGAUUACAUAAAAUCUGGCAGGGCUUCCGAUUGAUGGUUCAAGCAAAUUUCCCUGGCACAGGCGUAAUACUCAAACCUUGAACACCUUCCUGAAACCUGUAUUGUUGUUUUUCCAGGGAUAAACAGCAGUUUGUUUCUUUUAUUACUAAACUUUUGAUUGACCUUUGAAAGUACCAUAGAUUGUUCAGCAUUUACAAUGAACUUUUGCUUAUUCUUCCUCCAUCUCAUUUUCUUUUGAAAACAGCUUUUGGGAAGCUUUUUAGUGUUACACUUGCUUUAUAACCAAUCAGAAGUUUUGGUCAGAUCUGGGCAGAUUUUACAUCAUCAAUAUGAUAUUUUUGCUGUUGUUCCUCAGACGCCAAUUCCACGCGAAACUACUGUAGUAGUGGUGCUGUGAAUUCUCGACUGUUUUUUAAGCUAUAACAAGAAUGAAAAUUGUAACUUGCUUUUCUGCCGCGUGUUAUACUUCUAGGACAUGUGGCAGGAUGUUCUUCAUCAUGUGGUAGGAGAACAUGAAUGGAGUGAUGGCCAGUGCUCUCACAGUCUACUCGUAUUAUCUGAUACUGACAUACCACUCCUUGGAAAAGGGUCCGAGGCAAUAGAAGCCCUAACAAAGGUCAUAUUGGACAAGAGAUGGCUAGAAAGUUUGGUCUUUUAUGUUUGGUUCAAGUAAGCAAUUUUGUUCUACAAUAGGUAAAAAUUUAUGAAUUUAGUAUUCCUUUGCUAGAUCCAAAAAAGCCCAAAAAUUGGGAAGCAGCUUUUAAGAUUUACAUAUGAAAUAAUAGUGUCCUUUUUUAGCCUAUUCUAGACCUGCAUGUACGCAGGCAUGUACCAACACUUAACAUGCUAAUACUACCGUAAUACAGUUUUUAAACAUUUUUUCACAUAGAUAUUUACAUACAAUUUAUUAAUAAACAUUAAUGGGAACUAAAUUGUGUGAUUUUUGAUUGUAGGCAUACCAGUUUGCUUGAAAACUUCAACAGCAAGAUGCUUAAGUAUGCCCCUAAAAGAAAUGCCUUUGAGUAAGAAUCUAUUUUUUUUACCAAGGAUCUUGCAAUCAUUGUAUUGCAAGAUAUUUCAUCCUAGUUACAGUUCUACAUUUACCUUGUUUUGCUUGCUUAGAUAUAUACAGAAGAGAGAGUUUUAUUUUUAUUUCAUAGCUUUUUGUGCCCUGAGGUGCUCCUUGCUGCUCUUGACCAUAACAUGCACAGCUUUAGACCACAAGCCACCACCAAAAGUGGUCACCUAAUCUUCAAGAAGCAGUAUUCAAACAGAACUAAGAAUUGGCACCCUGAACCAUUUAGGGCUGAAAAAACCCAUCACUAUAUCCAGUUCCUGAUGGCCAGCAUCCUAAAGGCAAGAGUGGAUGACAAGGAAAGUGCUGCAAGGGUUAUUUCUCUUCCAUCAGAUCACCCAAGGAAUCUGGCCCCAACCAUUGUCUUGCGAGAAAGCCCAGAACUGAUU